CUCUUUGUGCUCGGUAGUUACAGUUGGAAAAUAUGGCUAUCGCCCGUUCCUUGUUGGCUACCUGCUUGCUUUUAUGUUCAUUGCUUGUCAUUGCUUAUGCGAAUGACUAUGGUGGUUAUGAUUCAUCCAAAAGCCCUGCAUAUGAUUAUGGUGCAAAACCAGAAGCAGAACAGAAGACUAACUAUGAAACAAAGCCGAUGCCAAAUGGAGAAGAGAAGCCCGAGUAUGGCACCAAGCGAGUCAACCAACAACAGCCAGAAGAGGAAGAAAAGCCUGAUUAUGGCACCAAGCAAAAUUUCUAUAAACCAGAGCUAGAAGACAAGGAGAAGGCAAUGCCUGACGAGUCAGAGAAACCUGGUUAUAGCACAAAACCACAGCCAGAAGAGGAAGGGAAGCCUGAGUAUGGCACUAAACCAGAGCCAGAAGAGGAAGAAAAGCCUGAGUAUGGCACCAAGCAAAAUUUCUAUAAACCAGAGCUAGAAGACAAGGAGAAGGCAAUGCCUGAAGAGUCAGAGAAACCUGGUUAUAGCACAAAACCACAGCCAGAAGAGGAAGGGAAGCCUGAGUAUGGCACUAAACCACAGCCAGAAGAGGAAGAAAAGCCUGAUUAUGGCACCAAGCAAAAUUUCUAUAAACCAGAGCUAGAAGACAAGGAGAAGGCAAUGCCUGAGGAGUCAGAGAAGCCUGGUUAUAGCACAAAACCACAGCCAGAAGAGGAAGGGAAGCCUGAGUAUGGUACUAAACCACAGCCAGAAGACAAGGAAAAGGAAAUGGCAGAGCCAGAAGAGACAGAGAAGCCUGGUUAUAGCACGAAACCUGUCUACCAAACACAACCAGAAAAGGAAGAAAAGCCUGAAUAUGGCACUAAAAUUAAGUUCUACCAACAGCAACCAGAAGAAAAAGAAGGUAAAGAGAAGCCUGAUUAUGACAACAAAGAACAACCAGAAGAAUACAAAAAGCCAGAAGGAGAAGAGCAGCCUAAUCUUCCCAUUGGUGUUGAAGGGCUUGUUUUAUGUAAAUCAGGUCCCAAGUAUUAUCCUAUUCAAGGUGCUUUGGCAAGGAUAACAUGUCUAGUUGUUGAUGAGAACGGGUACGAGAAGACUCAUUCGGUUUGCAGCGGAGAAACCGAUGCAAAGGGUUACUUCUUUGCGAGAUUGUCUCCUUCGAUUUCAGAGGACGGAAGUUUAAGCAAGCUCACAGAGUGCAAGGCAUUACUUGAAAGCUCUCCAUUGGAGACUUGUAAUGUUCCCGUGAAUGUCAACAAAGGCAUUAGUGGUGCUCCUCUUUCUGAUUUCCGUAUUCUCAAUCACAUGAGGAUCAAGCUUUACUCCGUUGGACCUUUCUUCUUCACCUCUCAACCUAAUAAUUCACUCCCUAAUGGUUACUAAACAAGCAGCUUUAAUUCUUUAUUAUUUUUGUCUGUCUGCUUUGGUGUUGAAGAAGGGGAGUGGGGUUUAUUUCUAUUUAAUCAAUUUGUUCUAUUAACGUGUUAAGUGCUUAAUUUGCUUUAUUAAUAUUUCCCACGAUUAUUUUGUUGGACUAAUAAAGUUCAAUGUUUUAUUUCCCCAUUUUCUAAAA